UCUGGUAUAUAUAGUGGGUGGAGUGGAUGAAUCUCUUCAGUAUUGCCUAGCAGUGCCUGUGAAGCGUUUCGUCCGCACUAAACAGAAGAUAUCUCCAAGAUGGCUCCCCGAGAGAAAGUUGAGUUUGUUCUAGUUCGCCUGGCCUAUGUGCCGUACAUUCAUCCUUUGUACCCACGUAUCAGCUACCAGAUCAGAAAACAUCCUCCCACAGGAUCGAUUAUCCAAGUGCGCGAUUGGUUCGAACAUGUGAUGAUGCGGGAGCGUUCUAAGCUUGCCCCGGAUGUCAACAUUCGGUACGCGGAGUGGCGCAUCAUUACUGGCGAUGUUGAGCUGUUCCAGGUGCAGGGCUGUCGCUUCGACAAGAUCAUGCUGGUGCUGGGCGAAGAGAACAUAUCGUGGGUUUUCUACCAGAACAUGCCCCUGCACCGUCGCAUCGAAGGCAGCGCCUGCUUUCCCGUGAGCUAUUGUGGAUGCUGCCUAAACAACCAGUACCUAGAUAUUAUGGCCAAGAUCAAGCAAACUGUGUCGAGGAAGAAGAUACGAUGAAAUAAAUACAUUGGAAUACUAAUGGAAA